AUGCGUCAAACUUUGGCGCUCACGCUCUUUUCGCUUGCUCCUGUUGCUUUCGGUCAAAUCGUUGGUGUGCCCUUCGCCAAUGGCACUACCACCGCCGUAACCUUUACUUCCUCGACGUCACUCUUGACUAGUUCAAGCACAAGGUCCGGGACCUCCGUGUCGUCGUCCUCCAGCAGUGGCUCAUCCUCGACCUCCAGCAAUUCUAACAAUGUCGGCCCAACCCUGAUCAGCACCGCGUCCUCCAGCUCCAGCUCUAGCUCUAGCUCCACGUCCUCGACAUCCGCCAGCGGUUCAACCUCAACUGUCACCGUGUCUACCACGACCAGCGCUUCCAACAAUGUCGGCCCAACCCUGAUCAGCACCACUUCCUCCAGCUCCAGCUCCAUGUCCACCAGCUACAGCACGAUCACCUCGGCCGCAACGACAACCUCGACCUCCACCUCAACCUGCGGCUCAACCACAGUCACAACCACAACCUGCAUCCCACACAUGUGCCCCCCGCACGCCCCCUGGUGCCACGCAUGGACCGAGACCAAGACCUACACCACCGUCGUGCCCACAGAGACCUCCUGGACUACCGACAUCCCCGAGGUCUGCCCCACUGGCCUCAUCUGGCAUCACGGCGUUCCCGUCCACUUCAAGUGCAGCGGAUGUUUCCCUGACCACCCCAAGCCUACUGGAGCUCCUGAUGGAUGGGAGUUCGAGAAGGUCUGGUGCGGUGGCUGCUCGCCUCCGGCUUGGAUUGACGGGCUUAAGCCGAAGCAGGGUUGGGCUGACUGGAAUGCUGAGGGUGGUGCUGGUGGCGCUGGCGGCAAGGGUGGCAAGGGCGGCAAGGGUGGUGCCGGCGGUGAUGGCGGUGAUGGUGGUAUGGGUGGCAAGUGGAAGCGCAACGCGA